AGCCGCUGCUGCUGCCGCCACCGCCGCUGCCGCCGCCGCCGCCGCGUUCCAUUCUGUAAGCCGGCGACAGCCUCGUCCCCCGCCUCCCGCCGCCUUCUCCCGUAGCACUGGCCAGCGCCAGCCAGACAAGGGCACUCAGGGCCUCGCCUAGACCCGAGAGGGUUGCGGGCGCGCGCAGGCGGCAGAGCGGAUCCCAGCGCCGCGGAAGCUUCGAGCGCCCCCCCUCGCGGAGGUCGCCGCGCGGUUCCCCGGGUAAAUCUACCCGUGGCUGACUUUAGAAUUCUUACUUCUGGCUUUUAAAUUUUUUUUUUUUUUUUAAAUAACUUGGACGGAUAAAAGAUGUGCCAUGGCAGGAUAGCACCAAAGAGCACCGCAGCGUUGGCCGUGGCCUCCGUGGGACAUGGAGUGUUCCUUCCGCUGGUGAUCCUUAGUACCCUCCUUGGAGACGGCCUUGCCUCAGUGUGUUCGCUGCCCCCAGAGCCAGAGAAUGGUGGCUACAUCUGCCACCCCCGGCCUUGCAGAGACCCCCUGAACGCGGGUAGCGUCAUUGAGUACCUGUGUGCUGAAGGCUACAUGUUGAAAGGCGACUACAAGUACCUGACCUGUAAGAAUGGAGAGUGGAAGCCAGCCAUGGAGAUCAGCUGCCGUCUCAACGAGGACAAAGAUGCCCACACGUCCCUGGGGGUCCCCACACUGUCCAUAGUGGCUUCCACUGCCAGCUCCGUGGCGCUCAUUCUCCUCCUCGUGGUGCUGUUCGUGCUGCUGCAGCCGAAGCUGAAGUCGUUCCAUCACAGCAGGCGCGACCAGGGAGUUUCUGGCGACCAGGUGUCCAUCAUGGUGGAUGGAGUCCAGGUUGCGCUCCCAUCCUAUGAGGAAGCUGUGUACGGCAGUUCUGGUCACUGCGUCCCACCUGCUGACCCCAGGGUGCAGAUCGUGCUGUCAGAAGGGUCUGGGCCCAGUGGGAGGAAUGGGCCAAGGGAGCCGCAGUUGCAGGACCAGGGGGCCUGUUCCUCUGCCGGCGGAGAGGAGGAGGCCCCGGGCCAGUCUGGACUGUGUGAAGCCUGGGGUUCUCAAGGCUCUGAGACUGUGAUGGUGCAUCAGGCGACCACCUCUUCCUGGGUGGCUGGCUCAGGGAACAGCCGAGUGGCAUACAAAGAAGGCCCAGAUUCAGAGAACAGUGACAUACAAAGCCUUUUAUCCCUCACGUCGGAGGACUACACAGAUGAUAUCCCACUGUUGAAAGAAGCAUGAGCGCUGCCAUGGGCCUCUCCUCUCUGCGACGGUCCUCUCUGCCCUUCAUCCCUCUCCCUGUGGGUUUGAGCACCCUGUACUCCAGCCACCCUACCCGGAUACCUGAGCCGCCACCUGUGUAUCUGUGUAUCUCUGAGGGCCUCCACGCCCACCUUGCUGGAAACUCAAGGAAGAUUCUCGCCAUCUGCCUGCUGGACAGCUGGAGGAGCUGGCACUUUGCCUAGCCCGGCCUUCCCAUCUGUGUCGGGGACAUAUUUGAAUGUGCUGGACAGAACUCUUCCUCUCCCUGAGCCCUCCGGAUCCCCCGCAGCCAGCUCUUUGGCGGCAGACCCCACCAGCCCGCACGGGCCUGAGAGCCGCUGUGUUUACUUGUGCCUUCCCCCACCCCCGACCCCUCCAGUCCCCCUGUCAGGCAGGCUGGUUGCCUUCCUACAAGCCUCAGUGGCUGCACUGCUGCCCUCUGCCGCACAGGGUGCCAGGCCUGGGGCUGGAGCUGGCCUGGCGCCGCUGCCCUUAGCAGGAGCAGAUCCAAACGUGGCUGUGAUUAGGGCGAGAAUGCGGGUCCCUGGCCUGCCUUUGGUUGAUAACUGGUGGCACAUUUCUUUGGCUGAGGAUGGAGGAUGUGGAAAAUCAUGCCAAAGCUCUCCCAGCGCCCAGCCGUCCAGCUCGGAGGUGCUGGAUCCUGGCCGUGCUGAGUUUCCAAGAAGCAUGGAGAAGAUGCCGAGGGAGGGAAGGAAGGUGGCUGAGAAUGAGUAUCUUCCUAAUAUGCAAGUCCUCACUUCCUACUUCCAGCAUCGGCCUUCCUGGCCUUGAUUUUCUCUGUUUCACUGGAGUGUAAGGGGAAGUGGCCUGCUGCCUCCUGGGUUGGCUCCUUGGCAACCUCCGCCUCCUCGCUGCCCACAGGGGCCUGCGUGAAUCAUCGCUGGGACGGGAGAGUUGCUGAGCCUCUGCAGAAUGCCCGCAUGGCCACUGGCAUUGGGGGCAGUUGCCCCGUUCUGGGUUCGUGGUGACGAAAGAAGCCUGAGAGGCACAGACCGAGUCUCCAGGCAGCUGCAGGCAGCUCCGCCCCAGUCCUGAGGGUCCUCGUCACCACAGUCACGUGCCUUAGUAGCUGUGCCCAGGAAGCGUGCUGCUGCUUGCUGUGCCGCUGCUUUUCCUAGUCGUGUUUCCCUCCCACCCUUCCACGGGUCACCGCUGAUGGACGACUCCCCGCUCUCCCCGCGCACCUGGAGAGGGGCUGACUGUUCUAGACACCCCGCCUUGCUGCUCUGCUGUGGGUGAAAGCUUGCCAGGCAGCCUGGCCCCAGGGCUCUGCUGUCGAAGGGGGUGGGCUCCGUGCUCCCCGAUGCUUCUGCCGGGGGUGCUCGCGCUCGGCCGCCUGUGGAUGCUGACCAAGGCCGGGGUGGCAGAGCUCAGCCAGCUGCUGCCGUCUGCAGAAGAUGUGGCGCGGAGGAGGGCUUGCUUCUGUUCUGUGUUUGAAGCGCGGGGGCUGAGACGCUUGUCGCUGACCCCGCCUGCACCUCCGCUCGUCCCCGAGCCGCUCUGUUUGGGCUGGUGAAAACAAUAAAGAACCCCUGUAUUUUCAGUACCUGAAGAACAGGGUAGCUCCAGGCGUGAGCGGCCACAAAAAUGAGGGGAACGGCCUCCUCUCAGCCUCCUGCAUCCCUCUCACACGCACUUUACUACCCGCUCGUUCCCAGCCUCCUGGCACCACUGUAGUCUUCCUUCGCUCAGGGUAAGGGCAGUGCCUGCUGGGCCUGCGGGCACCCCCGAGUCUCUCCCCUUCCCCACCCAGGAGCCUUCACAUGCUGUGUGUAAAGCCCUGGCCGGCGUGGUUCCAUCUGGAGCAGGUUGGCAGGGGUGCUGGGACGCAGGCCUCUGAGGGACCUGCAGAAGACCGGGGGCCUGUCCUUGGCCUCCAAAGAGGCCGUUUCCGGAGACGUGCCUGCCAGCAGGGGCUGGCACGGGGCCCAUCUGGAGCGUGGGGUCCCUACGGACCCUGGUUGCCUCAUCACACGUGGGCUCUCCUUUACCCAAAGGGGUGCCCUUGUCUUCCUCCAGAAAAGAAAGCAGGGACAAAUGGUGGAGGGAUCCAAAGUCUCACUGUUGGGCUCACAGCCAGAAUAAUGGUCUAGAAUAUUUUUUAAAAUGGAAGCUCUUACCCUUUUUUAUAUCAUUACUCUGGGUUUUCUCGCCUAAGAGAUUGUGCUGUUUGUUUUGGGUUUAUUCAGCCACAUGGGUGACCAGCUCAGCCCUUGCGAGGGGCGGGGGGGUGGGGGGUGGGGAAGGAAAGCCUUCUUCCACCUCGGCCGCCAUUAACACCAUCCUGGGGAUCACAAGCCCAGACUUGCCUGCCUGGUAGGAAAGAAAGUUUGGAUAAAUGGGAAGUUAGUGUAAGCACUCUCCAUCCACACCCCCCCACACAUCAUUGGCUUUGCCCAGGCCUCCCAUUCAUCUUGCACUUCUCUGAAGCAGUUGCUCAGCCAUCAGCCAGGUGCUGAUGUUUCUAGGGCUUCCAGGCUUUGUGGAUUAGGGAUUCCACAGCUGCCUCAAGGUGGAGCCUGGCGGAAAAACAAGGGUGGUGGCAGGUGGCAGGCUGUUAGUCAGGAGGCUGCCAAAAGAGCCUAGAGUGGGUGGGAGAAACUGCCCAGGGCCUGGCUUUCCAGGGCUCACAUCUAGGGGAGUCCAGCAGAGGGCUUGUCCAGGAGAAUGGCCCACACCAAAGGACUAAAAGUGUCUUUUUGCACACAUGAGCUGACUCAGUGCAGGUUUUAUAUCCUGGUGACUUGCUGUCACAGGCCAGCGACUUUCAAGGGCCAGUAUGUGGUGAAAAUCACUUAAGAUUUCCGUCCCUUUCAAUGCCUUAGUUUUGCAGAUAGGCUCUCUGUUUUGCCAUUUCUGAAUUUUGUGUGCUGUGUUCCUGUUUCACUGGUGUGAACUGUGAAAUGGGCUGAGUCCUAGCCACUUUGCAAGUUCUUUUGGCUUUGCAAGGCAUUUCAUUGUGCAUUCUACUAACACUCCAUUUGCAAAUAGAACUUAAGCUCAUGUUGUCUUCCCCAUUCAUCCUUUCCUCCUCCUCCGCCUCUCCCCUUUCCCCCCAGCUUUCAAGUUCUGUGGAGAAGCCUGAUGGCAAGACAAAGGUAGACUUUUCCUGCUUCUUUAGUGCUGGCAUAGGGAUCCACAGGCACUCAGCCUCUCCCCUCCUAGUUUUGCCUGAGCUCUCAAAGCACCUGCGCGCCACACAGCAGUGUCUCUUCCACUCGCAGGGAACAUUGUCACAUAGGGAAUGGGAUAUGCUGCAAACACUUCUACAUCCUUGCCUUUCUUUCCUCCUCACAGAGAAUAAAGGACCCAGAAGGGAAGUGGUACACAGGCUUUAUAACUUAAUUCCAGAUGUGCUUGCUGAGGACAGUGAUUCUGGGGGCUUCUCUCGGGGCUGCUGCUGGGGUCCCUGGCUCUCAGCAGAAGGCCAGUCAUUACCGGUGCCCACGGAGGGGCUGGAAGAGAUUUUGCUUGGCAGAAGCAUGGACCGAGUGGUAGAGUAGCUGGUUCCCUGGACAGGGAAAGGCAGCAGGCUCAGCUUUGCUGGGAAGCAGCUCCUCUCAGUCUCCAGUUGAAAACCUAAUCAAAUUUUUGAAUGCAAAUCUCCAGGUUGAGGCUUCUGUCGGCAGCAGAGCUAGCUGGAGGGCAUGUAGGGGCCAAGCACUCAGAUUGCCAGGCAGGAGGAGAGAUGGACGCGGGUUGCAUGGCAGCCCACCACACCCUGCCCUGGCUUCUUAUCACACCACUAUGGAAUCCUUUGCAGAAUGGUACUCCUAUAUAAUGGUUUCAAAUGACACGUGCAUCAUUGACUGUGCAGGAUGUCACUCAAUCAGUUUGGGUUUGCUUUAUUUUAUUUUAUAUAUAUAUUUUUUGGUAUCCUGUACAUUGCAGUGGGUGUGAAGAUAGUAUUUUAAUAUUUGUACAAAGUUUAAUUUAAUUUUAAUUGUUCUAUGUAUAUAACUGCAUUUCUAAAUAAUAAUUAAAAAAAGGUUCU